AUGUUCUUCGACUACGUUUCUCGUGGACGUUCUUCCUCUCGCACUCAGGGGUCAGGCGCAGGCGCCAACUUCAUGAACGCGACUCGCAGCGGCUCUGAUUACGCUCCUACGUACCAGUCUGGUUACGCCGCUCCCGACUAUGGCUGCUCAGGCUCACAGUCAUACGGUUACGAUUCUCUUUCUCGUCCUCCGGGUCGCUCGAACACUUCUGCUAGCGAUCGUAGCGUAUACGGCCAUGGGCUGAAUGCGCGCGAUCUAUCGCCUAUGCGUGAGAGCACCCGACCCCGUCGCGGUCCCAUCGUCUGGCAGGAGCGUCCUGUUUCGCCUUUGGGUUCCUCUCGUUUUGAGCGUCCAUCUGAGUACGCCGGCCGCCAGGCGCGUCCGUCUACUUCUGGUAGGUUGUCAUCUCAUUCAUACGGUUCUAGCUCUUCUAGUUCGUACGGACGUCAGUCAAUAUCAUCUGGAUCAUCUGGUCGCUCUUACCAGAUCGAUCAUGGAUACGACGGUGCCUUUGCAGUCAACCGCGGCUACGAUGGGAUGAGCAAUGGAUUCCCAGAGGGUCCAGGCUUGUCCCGUCGCAACGCCGUCCGUCGCCCUACUGAGCGCUCAUCUUCACACGGUGGAUAUGAGCCGCGUCCGCCCAUGGGCGCCAACUUUCGUUUUGGUGGGUACGGCGACUGGCAGAACUACUAG